AAAUAUUCAGUUUAUACUGAAACAUUAGUUCUGAUCGAACUUGCUAAUUUUUAAAAUGGAUAUUCUUGAUUUUUCUAAGCAACUUCCUUCGUGGCUAGAUAAAGAUCUAUUCGACAAAGCAAUUCAGACCUACGAAUUCGAUCCACAAGCAAAAGUCAAUAGUUUUGAUAUCAAAGCAGCAACACAGGCAGGUGAAAAUUUCUCAAGUGCAGUUUUUCGUGCUACAAUUAAAUUUACAUCAAAAUAUUCAAAGAAUGAGAAAGAGAUGUCCGUGAUUAUUAAGACACAGCCAGUUGAUGUAGAUUCGCCAGAAAUAGAAAGCAUGAAGGACACAACGAUGUUCGAAAAUGAGAUUGGAGUGUAUUUGAAUGUUUUGAAUAACAUUCAAGAACUGAUCAGUUCUGUUGGAUAUAAAGAUGUGAUGUGCCCUAGAUUAAUCUACCAAACAAUGAAACCUAAACCAGUCAUAAUAAUUGAAGAUGUCACAAUUAGUGGAUUUGACACUCCAAUAAAGUCAAUUCAUGAAGAUUUUGAACUCUCAAAGAUGAUUGUGAAAAGAUUAGCAAAGUUUCAUGCAGCUAGUUUCUAUUUGCAUGAUGAACAGAAAAUUGAUGCAUCGCGAUUUGACGCCUGCAUUUUUAAAGUUGAACUGUUUGCCAAUAUGAUUUAUGGAUAUAGUUAUGAUAUAUUGCUGAAAUUGAUGUCUAAUUGGGAAGGAUUUGAGGAAUUUAUUGAGCCAAUUAAGAAAAUGAGGGCAAAUUUACAUGCAAAAGUCUGUAAAAUCUUCACACCUAAUGAAGGAAAUGGUGCAUUUAAUGUUCUUAAUCAUGGAGAUUUUCAUUUUAAGAAUAUACUGUAUAAAAUGGAUAAAAAAUUUGGAAAAGUUGAGGAUUUUGUGAUGUACGACUUUCAAAUCUGCACGUACGCAACUCCAGCAAUCGACUUGUGCUAUUUUCUUUACAAUUUUGUUUCUGACAAGGAUCGAAUCACCCGAUUUAAUGAAAUUCUUGCAAUCUACCAUAAACAAUUUGUGGAAGCACUUCAAAGAUUUGGUUACUUAAAACAACCACCAUCGUUACUUGAUCUUCAGAUUGAGAUGCUUAAAAGUGGUCAUUUACAGGUACAGUGUGCAAUGCUGCUAUAUCCAUUUAUGAUUGUAGAUAUGAGCACUUUUACUUCUGAAGAUUUUGCUGCCGGUCUUAAUCUUUUCAAUGAAAAGACUUUUGAUAAUGAGAGAUUCAAAAGAGUUGUUAAGGAGGAACUUAAAGUAUUCAUGCACAAAGGAUUUCUGCCAAAUUAAGGAAAAGUGGAAAUAAAUUUCUAGUGUCUUUUAUUAUUGAAAAAUUGAGUUUUAUUAUAGGAGUCAGUUCAAAUGCCUUUAAUUUUUUAAAUCCAC